GCUCAUCACCAUCUGGAGCAUCUAACAUACAGGAGCCUCCAAACAAAACUCGUAAGCGAAAGAAGCAGAACACACAUAAUCCGAGCUGAUCUUCAUGGCAACCAUAACUGCUAGUGCCAUUUCGGCCAUGCAAGAAGCAGCAAAGACGCCAAGCGCCUCGCCGGCCCGCGCCAUGGCCGCCUCGAUGGCCUCGCCGACUCGCUACCGGCCUUCGCUGCUGGUCAUAUUCAGCGCUUGCCUCGUCCUGAUCGGCGCCGGCGGGCCGCUCCUGCUGCGGGUCUACUUUGUCCACGGCGGGCAACGCCUGUGGCUCUCCGCCCUUCUUCAGAUCUCCGGCUGGCCGCUCCUCCUCCCACCCAUGUGUGUCUCCCUCUUUCGCGGUCGCCGCCACGGCAUCGCCAACCUCCUCCUCCCGCCGCGCCUCGUCGUCGCGGCCGCCGUGCUCGGCGGGUUCUACGCCGUGUCGUGCUACGUGUACGCGAUGGGUUCGCAGGCGCUGCCGCUGUCCACCUCGUCGCUGCUGCUCGCGACGCAGCUGGCCUUCACGGCGGUGUUCGCGUUCCUCUUCGUCGGACUCCGCUUCACGCCCUUCUCCGCCAACGCCGUCCUGCUGCUCAUCAUUGGCCCGGCAGUGCUUGGAGUCGGGCCGGGAGCCGGGAAGCCGGCGGGCGUGACAUCCAAGGCGUACUGGACCGGGUUCUGCGAGGGCAUCGCUGCAGCGGCGCUCGCCGGGCUCGUGCUGCCGCUCGUCGAGGUCUCCAUGGAGCGAUACGGACGCCGGACGGGACCCGCGGCGAGGGCGCCGCCUCCCUACUCCACGGUCAUGCAGAUGCAGGCCGUGAUGGGAGCCGCCGGCACGCUGGUGUGCCUGCUCGGCAUGGCCAUCAAGAGCGACUUCGGAGCGCUGCGAAGCGAGGCGGCAGCUUUCGGGCUCGGCGAGACCAAAUACUACCUGGUGCUCGUGUGGGACGCCGUGUCAUGGCAGCUGCUCAACCUCGGCAUCAUGGGGCUCAUCACCUUCGCCUCCUCGCUUCUCGCCGGCAUCAUGAUCGCCGUGCUCCUGCCGCUUUCCCAGAUCCUCGCCGUCCUCUUCCUCCACGAGAAGUUUGACGGACCGAAGGGCAUCGCGCUCGUGCUCUCGCUCUGGGGCUUCGCCUCCUACAUGUAUGGGGAGAAGGUCCAGCAGAAGAAGGCGGAGGCGCACAAGAGCGAGCUGCUGCAGCAGCAGGUGGCGAGCAAAACCGGAGACCUGGAGCUGGCUGCCCCUUGAUAUUAUUGUUGUACUUUUUUUUUUUUUGCCUUUCAGAAGUACAAACUGUAGAGACAUAUGUUUAGUAAGACUAAGACAUUGUUUCAUUCUAUAAUAGCUAGGGUAGCACAAAGAAAUCGAAGCCCACACUGCUCAAGUCUUCGUGCUCGCAUUUAUUCUGUAGUUAUAGGAUUUUCGAAUAUACCAACUCAGUGUUUUGAAGGUGUUAGAGUAUGCAUGUGUGCCUUCAUAGGGGUAAGUACAUGUGCGUUUAUAUGAACAUUUACGUCCAUACUGUGUUAAAAACAUAUUAUUUAAAAAUGAUAUUUUUAG